GGCGACUGUAACCCACCAACAACAACCUCUCGCUCCAUCAUUACCACCUCCUCCACCAUCCUCAUCUUCAUCAACCAGUCCACAGCUCAGGCGCCAUGCAGACCCCUGAGGCAGGCGCUGACUCCACCUCCACAGUCCCUCUUCAGACCACCGUGCCUGUCCAGCCUACGGGCUCCACCCAGCAGGUGCCUGUCCAGCAACAGGCCCAGACUGUUCAACAGGUUCAGCAUGUUUACCCAGCACAGGUGCAGUAUGUGGAGGAAAACAGUGGCGUCUACACCAAUGGCAACAUAAGAACCUACUCAUACUCAGAGCCGCAGCUGUAUAGCCAGAACAGCGGAGGGAACUACUUUGACACACAGAGCAGCUCAUCACAAGUGUCCACUGUGGUGACAUCUCAUGGCAUGACCAACAAUGGAGGAGGGGGCAGUGGAGGAAUGAGCAUGAAUCUGGCCGGGGGUCAGGUAAUCAGCACCAGUCCUGGGUCUUACAUCAUGGACAACGCUGCACCCCACCCUGCCACCCAGACGGCACGGGCUUCCCCGGCUACUAUUGAAAUGGCGAUUGAGACGCUCCAAAAAUCUGAGGGUUUAUCCAGUCAGAGAAGCUCGCUGCUCAACAGCCAUCUCCAGUGGCUGUUGGACAAUUACGAGACAGCAGAGGGCGUUAGUCUACCACGAUCCACCCUCUACAAUCAUUAUCUGCGCCACUGCCAGGAGCAGAAACUGGACCCUGUCAAUGCAGCCUCCUUUGGUAAACUCAUCCGCUCCAUCUUCAUGGGACUCCGAACAAGGCGCCUAGGGACAAGAGGGAACUCCAAAUAUCACUACUAUGGUAUACGUGUGAAACCAGACUCGCCACUCAAUAGACUCCAAGAAGACAUGCAGUAUAUGGCCCUCAGACAGCAACCAGUCCAGCAGAAACAGAGGUUCAAACCCGUGCAGAAGUUUGAUGGCUGCUCUGGGGAGACUUACUCAGGUGGAGGCCAGCACCUUCCUGGUGCAGAAGAGCAGACAGUCAUUGCACAGAGUCAACACCACCAGCAGUUCCUUGAUGCGUCGCGGGCACUCCCUGACUUUGUAGAGCUGGACAUAGGACCGAGCAAUACAGAGGACAUCAGCCCAGAGGAUGUGAAAGCUCUCCAGUCCCUUUACAGAGAGCACUGUGAGGCUAUCCUGGAUGUGGUUGUUAACCUCCAGUUCAGUCUCGUUGAGAAGUUGUGGCAGACAUUCUGGCGUUAUUCUCCCCCGGACUCUGUAGAGGGUGCCACUGAGACAGAAAACAGCAGUUUAAGUGAGAUUGAAGCUCGGCUGCCCCGCUCACAGCUACUGGAACUGUGCAGAAACGAGGCUGUUCUCAAAUGGAUGAGUACCUGUGACCACCUAAUGUACCAGGCCCUCGUGGAGAUCCUCAUCCCUGAUGUCCUGAGACCCAUUCCCAGUGCCUUGACUCAAGCCAUUCGCAACUUUGCCAAAAGCCUGGAAGGUUGGCUCAAUAAUGCCAUGAAUGCCAUUCCACAGAGAAUGAUCCAGACCAAGAUUGCCGCUGUUAGUGCCUUUGCGCAAACACUGCGCAGAUACACAUCUCUGAACCACCUGGCUCAGGCGGCACGUGCUGUUUUGCAAAACACAUCACAGAUUAACCAGAUGCUGAGCGAUCUCAACCGUGUUGACUUUGCCAACGUACAGGAGCAGGCAUCGUGGGUGUGCCAGUGUGAGGAGGGAGUUGUGCAGCACUUGGAGCAGGACUUCAAGGCCACGCUACAGCAGCAAAGCUCUCUGGAGCAAUGGGCAGCUUGGCUGGAGAACGUGGUCACUCAGGUGCUCAAGCCUUACGAGCACCGGCCCAGCUUCCCCAGAGCGGCUCGACAGUUCCUGCUCAAGUGGUCCUUCUAUAGUUCUAUGGUGAUCAGGGACCUGACCCUUCGCAGUGCUGCCAGCUUUGGUUCCUUCCACCUGAUUCGCCUGCUGUACGAUGAGUACAUGUUUUACCUUGUGGAGCAUCGGGUGGCACAAGCUACUGGAGAGACACCCAUUGGUGUCAUGGGGGAGUUUGACAGCCUCAACACGCUGUCCCUCUCUAACAUGGAUAAAGAUGAAACCAGUGGGAUGGACAGUGACUUAGACGACGACAUAGAGGAGACGGGGGAACCUCUCGCAAAGCGGGAAAAGUCGGAGCACGAGGUCAUCCAGGUGAUCCAGGUCGGGGCGCUGGAGGACGGGUCCCACCCUGUAGUGGGGGUCGUCCAGCCCGGUGUCCUCCACUCGCUGCCCCAGCCCCCGCAGGACCACUCUGAGCACAUCCUUACCCCUUCUGCCGCCACACCCACCAUCCGCCACUGCAGCGCCACAGGCAACACCUACGCCUCAGUUUGA